ACAGAAAGCUGUCCAUUUCUCGUUCUUCUCUCACUUCAUUCAUCUGUAACAGACUCUCACAUAACUUUAGAGAGAGAGAGAGAGAGAGAGAGAGAGAGAGAGAGAGAGAAAGAGGUGCGUCAAUGGCGUCUAGGGUUUUGGUUGGCCAACUGUUGUCCAUUUCGAUGAUGUUGCUUUUGAUCACUGUAUUGGUCGCUGCAGACGAUCAUGUGUUAACGUUGGACCACACCAACUUCACGGAUACUGUGAGCAGACACAACUUCAUUGUCGUUGAAUUCUAUGCUCCUUGGUGUGGACACUGUAUGAAACUUGCACUUGAGUAUGAGAAGGCUGGUUCGGUUUUGAGUAGUCAUGACCCUCCUGUGGUAUUCGCAAAAGUUGAUGCAAACGAAGAAUCAAACAAAGAACUCGCUAACAAAUAUGAGAUUCAGGGCUUCCCAACUAUUAAGAUAAUUAGAAAUGGAGGAAAGAACGUCCAAGAAUUUAAAGGCCCACGUGAAGCUGAUGGUAUUGUAGCUUACUUGAAGAAAGAAACUGGUCCUGCUUCUGUUGAAAUAAAAUCUGUGGAAGAUGUUACCAGUCUUAUCGAUGAUUCAAAAAUUUUUGUUGUUGGAGUGUUUCCGAAAUUCUCUGGGGAAGAAUUCGAGAACUUCUCAGUGCUAGCUGAGAAGUUGCGGUCUGAUUACGAAUUUGGUCACACUUUGGAUGCCAAACUCCUUCCAAAGGGUGAAUUAUCAGUUAAUAGGCCAACCAUUAGGUUAUUUAAGCCAUUUGAUGAACUCUUUGUUGAUUUUCAGGAUUUUCAGGUGGAUGCUAUGCAAAAGUUUGUUGAAGCAGCUAGUGUGCCUAUCGUAACUCUGUACACCAAAGACCCAAGCAAUCAUCCGUUUCUCAUGAAAUUCUUUGAGAGUCCGAAUGAUAAGGUGAUGCUUUUUAUCAACUUCACUGGCGAGCAUCUUGUUGCUUUCAAGUCAAAAUUUAAGGAUGUUGCCACGGCCUACAGAGGAAAGGGCGUAAGCUUUCUACUGGGUGACCUUGAAGCCAGUCAAGGUGUCCUGCAGUAUUAUGGACUUAAGGGCGAUGAGGCACCUCUUGGGUAUAUACAGAACAAUGACGGCCAGAAAUAUCUCAAGACAAAGUUGAAUCCCGAUCAUAUCGCACUUUGGUUGAAGGAAUAUAUGGAUGGUAAUUUGAAGCCAUUUGUAAAAUCAGAGCCCAUUCCAGAAAUUAACAAUGAACCUGUGAAGGUGGUCGUCGGUGACAGCCUCCAGGCCAUGGUCUUCAAUUCUGGAAAGAACAUUUUGCUAGAGUUCUACGCACCAUGGUGUGGACACUGUCAAAAACUGGCUCCAAUCUUGGAUGAAGUUGCUGUGUCAUAUGAAAAUGAUCCAGAUGUCAUCAUUGCGAAGCUGGUUUCCCUACUUUGUACUUUAAAACUGCUGGCGGUAACAUGUUGCAAUAUGAUGGGGAUAGAACAAAGGAGGAUAUCAUUGACUUCAUUCAAAAUAAUCGGGAUAAAACUACCCAACCAAGCUCAGUUGAAUCUGCUCCAGAGAAAGAUGAGCUAUAAGGAAGGUUGCGAGUGCUUUGGACUCUCUUUUUGGCAUCAAAGAAAACUGAAAGAGUCAUUGGCCGGGCAGAUAUGAAACAAGCCCUUUUGAGUCGUUUUUUUGCACUUUCUUCAGUAGGAAUAAAAUGAAACUUCUCCAGUUAUUUUGUUUA